AUGGUUUCUUCUUCACAAUCAUUAUUAGAUACAGUUGAUAUUGGGCCUCUGCAGAAACCGUUUAAAAAUCCACAAUUUAAGCGUAAUCCACGAAGAAAUAAGACACUUCGUCAAAUAUUAACCCAUGAAACACAGCUUCGUCAUUCACAGCCAUUGCUUUUAGAUGUACCAACAUACAAUAGUAUUGAGGCUUCUCCAAGCCUUUUUCCACAUGCAAAAUGGUGUGAUAUUACCGGUUUACAUGGGCUGUAUACAGAUCCAAAGACUGGGCUUCGAUUUCAUAACAAAGAAGUAUUUGCUGUUAUUAAAAAUAUGACACAGGGUGUAGAGCAACAGUAUUUACAGAUGCGUGGCUCACAGGUUAUGCUUCGCUAG